CGGGGAACAGCAAAGACCAGCCUCAACAGCUUUGAUGGACGGUCAACAACCAAGGAAAACCACAACAUCGAUCAAUCAAUCAAUCCGGGAAAGCUAUGGAAUCGGCUGCAUCAGAUUCCAAUCGAAACGUUGAACAUGGGAAUCUCGUCAUGGAAAACACUACUGAUCUUCCAGUCAGCGAGAAAACGACGACGACGAAAUAUCCACGAAAAAAGUUGGAGAAGAUGAGGAAGAAUUACCAUCACAGUCGAUCUCUACAACCAGACUAUCAAGACCCACAGUCGAAUCCAACGCCCUUCCGCACGAUCGAACAAUACUACAAACGGAGACUCUGGGAGCCAGAUUACAACCUUGCAUUCGGCCAUCAUUCGAUCCCACCUCCAUCGAUCACCACCACUACUACUCCAGCUACUUCACCUAUGAAAGUCGAAUGGAGUACUCCUCAUCAAGCCCAAUCUAUCGAGGCUCACAUCCAUACUCUACCUUCCAACAGCAGUCAGCCAUCGAUCAUCAAACCAUGCGAACUCUGUCAUCCUCAGUGUUCUCCGGAUCGGAUCUUCUGCACAUUCCCUAAACAAUACCCCGGCUUGAUCUAUCUACCCUCGUACCUCUGCCAACAUCAGCAAGCCGAGCUGGUCGAAGAUUGUCUCACCAACGGGCUCCGGAAACCUAAUGUAACCAACAUAGACACGCAUUGGGAAAUGCCACACCAACCUGGACUCUAUGACCUCUAUCGUCUCUGGUUGAAUAAUGAAAACAGCCAAAAUCAAUCUGAAGAUCAAGAUCAAGAACUCGAUACCCAAUUCAUCCUCCAGCCGAAACCCGUCCCCGAAUCUUCGGUCCAACAAUCCUCCCAAACCGACCCCAAAAAACCCCCGCAGCAAAAAAGUCGGAGACAGAAAGUCGACUUCGAGCCGAUCAAUGCCCACAACUUCUUGGUUGCGCGCAAUGACCGGCCCAAGGAAGACCAAGUCAGCGCGAAAGCUGGCAUGCCUAUCCACAUCCGCGAUCUCUGGAUGAAUGGCAAACUGCGAUGGUGUACGAUCGGAUGGCAAUACCAUUGGCCAACUAAAACCUAUCAUUUCGAAAGAGAUCCGACUCCUAUCAGCGACCUGGUCCAAUCAACAUGCAAAAACUUGAUCAAUCGGGUGGUUCCUUGGGACGUAAUUGAGUCCGAAUUCCAAGCAACUGAAAAGACUAGCAAUGAUUGCGAAAAAGAGAGCUCGUUGGUCGAUUGGAAGACAAAUUAUAAACCCGAGGCUGGGGUGAUCAACUUUUAUCAAUACCGAGAUGCAUUAACGGCGCACAUCGACCAUUCAGAAGUAACGACGGACACUCCAUUAGUCUCGUUAUCAGUUGGCCAAGCAUGUAUUUUCCUGAUCGCCGCGAGCCGAGAAGAAGAGCCGUUGGCAAUCAAGCUCGAGAGCGGCGAUGCCCUGAUCAUGGCCGGGCCUAGCCGCAGAUUCUUCCAUGGGGUGCCUAGAAUCAUCGAGCAUAGCUUGCCCCCUUGGAUCGAUGGCUGUCUGUCAACCGGCCCUUCUCCUCCUCCUCCUUGGGCUCGUUGGUUUCACAAUGGCGGCCGCAUUAAUCUUAAUGUUCGACAGGUCUUUUGAAGCAUUUCUUAGCACUACUCUCUCGUCUAACUAAGCCCCUCCGCAACUAUGUUGGGGGUUUUCCUGUUAUCAAACCUUGCUUAAACACCCCCUAAUUCUAUGAUUUCAAAUCUGAAUCGAGUAAUGAA